GGCUGUGUCACAGCCUGCGUGGAAGCGCUGGGGCUGCAUAAAUAGAGCUGGGAGCUGCCGGCCCUGCAGCUACCGCGGCACUGGCAGCACAGGAGUCCCCAGCGCUCAGGAUGGCGCCCAAGGCGGCCGCCCUCGUCCUGGUUCUCCUCGCGAUCUCAGGCUCCCGGGCUGAUGUGAACCCCGACGAGGUGGCCGGCGUGAUCUGGAAGUACUUCACGGAGCUGGGCAGCAACACCAAGGACACGGUGGAGCAGCUGCAGCAGAGCGAGCUCAGCAAGCAGCUCAACACCCUGCUGAAGAGCAACCUGCAGAGCGUCAGCGCCUACGCCGAGGAGCUGCAGGAGCGCCUGGUGCCCUUCGCCGUGGACAUGCAGGCGCGGCUGGCGCAGGACUCGCAGCGCCUCAAGGAGCAGAUCCAGCGGGAGCUGCGCGAGCUGCAGGCCAAGCUGGCGCCCUACGCCGACGAGGUUCACCAGCAGAUCGGCACCAACAUCCGCCAGCUGCAGGCCAGGAUGGGCCCCUACGCCGAGGAGCUGCGCGAGCGCGUGGACCGCGGCGCCGGCGAGCUGCAGCGGGCGCUGGAGCCCUACGCCGCCGAGCUGCGCCAGCGCCUGCACGACAACGCCGGCAGCGUGCAGGCCUCGCUGAGCCCCUACGCCGACCGCCUGCAGCAGCAGAUCGACGGCGGCGUGGAGAGCGUCAAGCGGCGGCUGCAGGACAACGCCGACGAGCUGCGGGCGCAGGUGGAGCGCAGCGUGGCCGAGCUGCGCCGGGGGCUCAGCCCCUACGCGCAGGAGCUGCAGGGCGGGCUGGAGCGGCAGCUGCAGGGCCUGAGCGCGCAGAUGGAGCGGGCGGCCGAGGAGCUGCGCGCCCGCCUGGCCGCCAGCUCCGAGGAGCUGCGCGCCCAGCUGAGCCCGCUGGCGCGGGAGCUGCGCGAGGCGGCGGGCGGCGACGCCGGCGGCCUGCGGCAGCGCCUGCAGCCCCUGGCGCAGCAGCUGGAGCAGCGCGUGGGGCAGGCCCUGGAGGCCUUCCGGCAGCAGGCCGCGCCCUCCGGGGAGAGCUUCGGGCGGCAGCUGGUGCAGCGGCUGGAGGAGAUGCGCGGCAAGCUGGACUCGGGCGCGGCCGGCGUGGAGGAUCACCUGGAGCUGCUGGAGAGGGAGGUGCGGGAGAAGGUGGCCGCCUUCCUCAGCACCGCCGCGCCCCCCCAGGAUUAGAACCGGCCGGCCACGCGCCUCCGGUGGUAGAAAUAAAUCUGGUGAUGCACGUGC